CAGGCUGGGAGGAGGAGCCGGGCCCGGGGGCGGCUGCCGCCACACAGCCGAGCGGAGCGCAGCACGGCCCGGGCCGGGGCAGCCGCCAGCAUGUCGGACCGCGACGUGUGGCCCUUCCUCACGAAGACCCUGUGCGCCCACGGGGGCAGCCUGGACCUGCGGGAGCUGCCCCAGCACGUGGAGCUGCCCGAGUCGCAGCUGGGCCGGAUCGUGCGGGACGCGGGGCCGGGCCGGUUCCUACUGCAGCAGGCCGGCGGGACCUGCCAGGUGCUGGCCGUGACCCCGCUGCGCCUCUGCGUGCGCAAGGAGUGCAAGGGCUGCGAGCGCCUGCACCUCUGCAAGCUGCAUCUCAUGGGCAGGUGCCGCGUGCGGUCAUGUAAGUACAGCCAUGACAUCACCACAGAAGAGAACCGAAAGGUUCUAAGGACCAAUGAUCUCUCCGGCCUCAAUGAGAAUGAGCUGCGGGUCUUGCUCCUUCAAAAUGAUCCUUUUCUCCUCCCUGAUGUUUGCCCAUUUUAUAACAGAGGCGAAGGGAAUUGCGCUGAACAACAUAAUUGCACCAAACUUCACAUUUGCCGGCACUUUCUCCAUGGACAGUGUAGGUUUCCCAACUGCAAGAGGUCCCACAGCCUUCUGAAUUCAAAAGCACUGACGUUGCUGACACCAGUAGGGGUGAAUGAUAAUGCGGCUCAAAACAUCCAACUGAUCUGUGAUCACAAGCAUGCUACAUUUAGCCAGGAAAUAAGCCAGAGGAAAACUCUCAACAAUACUGAAGAAGCUAGAAAUAAAAGGAAAGUACAUACUGGCAAUAAAGAAAAAAAUGAGUCUACAGAAACUUCCAGUACACCUACCUCUCCAUCAUGUGCCUUUUCAUCGGAAGCAUCAACAUCACAAGCCGCAAAAGCCUUCUCUGCUCGUAAAACUGCUAGGAGCAGUGAUGUGAAUAAAUGUAAUGAGAUUUGCCUGUUCCACAUCUGGAAGUUCUGCAAACAUAAAGAAAAAUGCAGGAUGCUUCAUUACCAUCUGCCUUAUCGAUGGCAGGUAUUUAAUGGAGUAAAUUGGAACGACCUUGCCAAAAUGGAGGAAGUUGAAAAGGCCUAUUGUGACCCGAAUAAUAGCAGCUUACCACUUCAGAACAUCAAUUUUCAAAAAAUGAUGUAUGCCUUUGCUGAACUUCGUCGCCUUUCUACACCAUCAUCUGUUACAAAACCUCCAAAAUUCAUACUGACGACAAAGUGGAUUUGGUAUUGGAAAAAUGAUCAAGGCCAGUGGAUUGAGUAUGGAAGACAGGAUGGAAACCCCGGAGGUUCCUCACUAACUUCUGAUGAUCUGGAGAAUUUAUUUCUAGCAAAUCCAAAUGAAACUGUAGACUUUCAGACUGGCUCUCAACGGUAUCAAAUCUGUUUUAAAGAAAUGGUCCAGAAAAAUGUCCUUUAUCAAACUCAAAGAGAAGUCCGCAGGCGGCCAAAAUUUGUGCCUUCCGAAGAUGUGGAGAAGAUGAAGAAAGGCCAAGCGGAGACUCCUUUAAAUCCAAACUAUCCCAAAGACUGGGACAAAUCUGCACUGCCUGACACUGGGUACAAGGCUGUGGUGAUCACUAAAGAGUCUUCUGAAUAUGCUACAAUUGCGAAGCUGUUUCAACAGACAAUGAAAGGUUAUGUUAUCCAUUGUAUGAAGAGGAUUCAGAACCCAUCCCUUUGGCAAAUCUUUCAGUGGCAAAAGGAGCAGAUGAAGAAGAACAACGGAGGAAAGGAUGUAUACGAGAGGCUCCUGUUCCAUGGAACCAGCAGUUCCUUUCUGGAAUCCAUAUGCACUCAGAAUUUUGACUGGAGAAUCUGCGGAGUCCAUGGAACCAGCUAUGGAAAAGGAAGUUACUUUGCAAGAGAUGCUAGUUAUUCCCAUGCUUACAGUCAGUCUCCUACUACCAAAAUGAACAUGAUGUUUGUGGCACGGGUUCUGGUUGGAGAUUUCAUCAGAGGAAAUGCAACCUAUGUUCGUCCCCCAUCAAAAUCUACUAAUACGAUCAACUUAUAUGAUAGCUGUGUGGACAAAGAGUCUGAUCCCUCUAUUUUUGUCAUAUUUGAGAAGCAUCAGAUUUACCCAGAGUAUAUAAUAGAAUAUCGCGAAGGCAAAAACUGUACUGUAUCUUAGAUAUAGGAAUGUACUAUGUCUUAGAUAAGGAAAGGAACAGUUUGCAUAGCUCAGCUAAUUGUUGAUAUUGUUAAGGGGGUUUUAUUUGGGCUUAUUUGUUAUACUGAUAAGGGUCUCAUUUUUAACAUUAACACUCUCCAAACAUUUUUGCAAAUAAUUUGGUACUUGAAGGAGGUUUGCAAGAUGAACAUCCUGCUUGUUAGAAGACUAAUCUUUUUCAUCAGGCCAUUAACAUUCAUCUAAUCAGAAAAUGUGAUUACAGGUAACAUGAACUGACAAAGUUAAGGGGACACGGUUGUUGAUUUUUAUGAUUCUUCUUUGGUUAGAAAUAAUUUUAAACAAACUUUACUAAGUCAAUAUAUAAAGGACUUGGCUUUAGAAAUAACUACAAAUGCGAAGAAAACAACUGACUUUAGUGUAGCUCAUAAGCAAAUUUCUAAGUAUAGUUUUUUUAGAUUUGUACUGAUUAUAGUUCUUCAAGUAGGAAACCUUUAUAGAAGGGGCUCUUUAUUGUAGAUCUACAAUUUCUGAUUAUUUCCACUGUUAUUUCUAAGCAGUUUGAAGUACCUACUAUGUAAUGAACAUGGUCUAGAAUUUUCUCUCUCAGUGAUAUUUGUUAAAACAAUAACCUAGAAAAAUUAAGACUUUCCCUUUAAAUUGGUGUAAAGACUAGGUUUUAAAUGUAGGAAUUUCUUAAACGUGCACCAGCAAUGUCAGUCUAAUGGUUGAUAUAGAAGACAAUCAGAUAAAAUUCUGUUUACUCUUCUGCUGUAGGCUUGUGCAGCUUUAUCUUUAGGUCAGGGUAAGACCAUUAUAGUAGGCAAUCUGGGAAAAGGCAAACGCUGGAAUUUUUUUCUCAGUUGCUAGCGACUACAAGCAUAAAAUGAAAGGUAGCAUUGAAUUCAUUUGAAAACCUUGCUUGUAGUAUAUGUCGUUUUCCAUGUGUGGACAUGGGAAUGCUGUAGGACAGAAGUAAAAAGUUGUGUUAUACUGUUUUCUAUCCUACAGGACAAACGUAAAUUCUCGUUGAGAUGGAGAUGUCGCGUGACUUGCACAGAGAGAAUGUUUCUGAUGACGUUCUCAAUCACUUGUGCAUUAGCAUAUGCUCUGUUACCUAAACUUUGUUGUGUUUUGUGUGGCCCAUUCUACACUAAGAAAAUUGCCUACUGCUGACAGUGGUAGAGUGAUAAAUGGUUCUGAUCUUUUUUCAGGUAAACCAUGUUUAAUGUCAGCAUUUGCAGGAAUGAGCAACUGUUUUAAUGGCAACCGAGCCUGUUUAGUUAACUGAUCUGCAGACUAAGAUGCUUUCAUUUCAGGGCAUCAGUGGAAACGAAGAUCAUAAAUUUCCAUCAACUUCUGUCACUUUUCUAAGUGUUGAUCUUUUCAGUUGAGACGUCAGUGAAUAUUUUUGGUGAGGCUGAGAAAAAUCCUCCAGCUACUAAUGUUUUGGAAUGUGACUAAUUGAAGAUAAUGAUACUCUGCCAGAUUUUGGUGGGAAAAAUAGUUUUAUUUUUUCUGAAGUAUAAUUUGUUAACUUACAUCCUAGGAAGGAGUAUUAGACAAAUUUCAAGUCUGAAGAUACAAACGUAAACUGUUUAGUUUAGCAAGUUCCCACAAAGGGGGGGGGGGGGUGUAAGACUAGCAAAUCAUAUUGCAAGAACUGUUCGAAGCAAUUAUACAUUUAAGUGUUUUUUCAAUAUAAUCUUAAAAUCAGAAAUAUCGGAUUUGGUAGUGGCAGUGGACGGCUUUUUUUACAUUCUUUUUCUUUUGUAGUCCAUCAUUAAAUUUCCAAAAUUAUCCUUAAACUUGCUACAGUAAAAAUAAAGUAUAUACUUGAUAUUCUUCUGUUGUUAGACAUGUAGCUUAAUAUGCCAUUAACAUAGUGGGCAAAUGACCAGGGUAUUAUUGGCAUUGUGUUGUGGCUCUUGUUCUUUUGCAUUCUGAAUCAACGUCUAGCAUCAGCCAACUGCUCAUUAUGAAAGAUCAAGUCAAAUGACAGUUUUUAUAUAGAAAUGGUCUGUAACUGAGCUUUGCAAUUACAAAGUGCCUGUAAUAAACUAGAUAUCAAAAAGU